CCGCCUCUCGCACAGGCGCAGGAACAGCCGGCGUGCGCGCCGGAGGCUCCCCAAGCUGGCUGUCCGUGCCGCUGGCAGCCUGGUGACAGCAUGGCCACGGUGGCCGCGGCGGCCCGCGGGGCGGGGGCGAGGGCGGCGGCGGGGCUGCGGGCCGGCGGCGGGACUGUGGCUCGGGGACGGCCGCGCGCCUGCUGUGCUCGGCGCCUGUGCACCGCCCCGGCUGCCCCGGCCGCUGCCGACAUGAAACGCUACCUGUGGGAGCGCUACCACGAGGCGAAGAGGAGCACGGAAGAAUUGGUUCCUUCCAUCAUGAACAACUUGCUGAAUCCAGAUGCCAUUUUCUCAAACAACGAGAUGAGCCUGUCAGACAUUGAGAUCUAUGGCUUUGAUUAUGAUUACACCCUGGUGUUCUACUCCAAGCACCUCCACACACUCAUCUUCAACGCUGCUCGGGACCUCCUCAUCAAUGAACACAGAUAUCCCGUGGAAAUCAGGAAGUAUGAGUAUGACCCAAACUUUGCCAUCCGUGGACUCCAUUAUGACGUCCAGCGGGCAGUGUUGAUGAAGAUUGAUGCUUUUCAUUAUAUCCAGAUGGGAACCGUCUACAGAGGCCUCAGUGUUGUCCCUGAUGAAGAAGUCAUCGACAUGUACGAGGGGUCCCAUGUGCCCUUGGAGCAGAUGAGCGACUUUUAUGGCAAGAGCUCUCACGGGAACACCAUGAAGCAGUUCAUGGAUAUCUUCUCGCUGCCCGAGAUGACCCUGCUGUCCUGUGUGAAUGAACACUUCCUGAAGAACAACAUCGACUACGAGCCAGUGCACUUAUACAAAGAUGUCAAGGAUUCCAUAAGGGAUGUCCACAUCAAAGGAAUAAUGUACCGAGCAAUUGAAGCGGAUAUUGAAAAGUACAUCUGUUAUGCCGAGCAGACCCGUGCAGUGCUGGCCAAACUGGCUGCCCACGGCAAGAAGAUGUUCCUCAUUACCAAUAGCCCAAGUAGCUUUGUAAACAAAGGGAUGCGCUAUAUCGUGGGGAAGGACUGGAGGGACCUGUUUGACGUGGUCAUAGUUCAGGCGGAGAAACCGAACUUCUUCAAUGAUAAGCGGAGACCUUUCCGAAAGGUGAAUGAGAAAGGUGUCUUGCUCUGGGAUAAAAUCCACAAGCUACAGAAGGGCCAGAUCUACAAGCAGGGCAAUUUGUAUGAGUUUUUGAAGCUCACUGGAUGGAGAGGAUCCAAAGUGCUGUAUUUUGGUGACCACAUAUACAGUGACCUGGCGGACCUGACGCUGAAGCAUGGCUGGCGCACUGGAGCCAUCAUCCCCGAGCUGCGGUCUGAGCUCAGAAUCAUGAACACGGAGCAGUACAUUCAGACCAUGACAUGGCUGCAAACCUUGACUGGCCUCUUGGAGCAGAUGCAGGUCCACAGAGAUGCUGAGUCCCAGCUGGUUCUGCAGGAGUGGAAAAAGGAGAGGAAGGAGAUGAGAGAAAUGACCAAAAGUUUCUUCAAUGCCCAGUUUGGGAGCUUGUUCCGCACAGACCAGAACCCGACCUACUUCCUGAGGCGCCUGUCGAGGUUUGCUGACAUCUACAUGGCAUCUCUGAGCUGCCUUCUGAACUAUGACAUCCACCACACAUUCUACCCCAGGAGGACUCCCCUGCAGCACGAGCUCCCCGCAUGGUCCGACAGCCCCUCUGCCUUCAGGGCCCCUCUGCUGCAGGGGCCUCAGGCUGCCUGAGGAAAAAGCCAGAAGCAACCAUGCCUCACAGAGGGUUGAGUGGCCUGAGAGUUGUUUUCCCAAAGACUCAGACAUGCCUUUUGUAGGUUUUCUACCUUACCACGAGACUGUCCUGUCCAGGUGGAGACAGGAGCUAGCUGCUGGAGUCUGCUGGCCCUCCUCCACACAACAGCCAUGAAACACUGAGGCCGUGUAUCUUGUGGAACCAACAUCACCUUCUGAGGCAAGUGAGAUAGUGAGACCUCUUGAUGCUGUGCUCAGUAGGUCAAGCGAGGACACGUCUUGAUUCUGUGAGACAUUUCUUGGUUGUUUACAUUAAGAGCACUGGGGACUGCGAGAGCAUGGUACAUGCAAAGACAAAGCUGCCUGGUUGCUUAGGGAGCCCCACCUGCAGCCAGCUCCCCAGUCCUCUUGUCCUAGGCUUUGGAAAGCUUUUGCACAUGUUGUUCCAAGAAACCAUAGCCUCCCAGAAUGACGUGGAGGGAGAACAAGAACAUUUGUCUUUAGUGUGUACUUGCUUUGCCUGUCCUGUGCUGGCAAAGCAGUGAUGGGGGUUCCCUCCUCCCCCAAAAGGGGUGAGGGGACAGCAGCUCUAGUUAAAAUUGCCUUUCAGCCAGUGGGGCAGACAGUGUAGAAGACAAAAAAAAGAAGCAAUGCCUUGGGGCCCAAUCUGUGGCCAGCGUUAGCCUGUGUGUGUGUGCUAGGACACCCAGGCAGGACAUGGCAGCUGGCAAAUGGAAGUCACAUUUCCUUGGGGCUCAGUCUAUGGCCAGUGCUAGCCUGUGUGCUAGGACAUUCAGGACACAGCAGCUGGCUAGUGGAAUGUCAUAUUCCAUGCUGAGAGCCAAGCUGAGGACAUCUCUUUUCUUCCCCUUCUGGAGGAAAGAAUCCUUUAUUGCGUCCAUUUUGCAGUAUUUGAUGCUUGGGUGCCACAGGAAUGGCUGCUAUUAGGGGACACAGUUCUGUCUAACGGAUGGUGUUUUCACUGCAAACGCCACAUGAGUGCUUGUGGCCAGAUUAGCCUUGUCUCAUGUGGCCUGACUCAUUUAAGCUUUUGAGCUAAUGUGGCGCUGCUGCUGCUUUCCCCUCCUCCACACCCUCUCCUCCCCAGGUAGGAGGGAGCCCAGGCUGGCCUUGGACUCCAUCUUCCUGCCUCAGUCUCCUGAGUAUUGUAUCAUAGGCAUGCAACUGUGGUGCGGCAUACGUAGAGAAUGGCACGACCGUGAAGGAGGCUUGUGUUGAGUGCUUGCUAUUUGGCGUUUUUACUGAAUUAAGUAGGUCACAGCCAGGUGUUGGCAGGCUGCUCACUUGGCCUUCUGUGGACAGCCUGCCAAGACGCAGAAGGUAAGCCAGCUGUCCGGUGUUCGCUGCGAUGUCACGUGUUAUCACGGGGAUCUUUGAUGUUGGUGUGUCCAACAGCACCACAAAGGGGACCCUCUGGACCCCUCCUCCUGUGCUGAACUCUAAACACUGGGUUCCAGCAUUCCGUUCCUUUUCAGAACGGGAUGGGUAUUUUCUGUUUGCUUGUUCCCCAGCGUUAGUGACCAGGCGGUUUUGGCCACUGGCAUCCAGUUGCCAGCAGGUGAUGCUGAGCAGUGCUCAGAGUCCAGGUAACAAAAGGGUGCAUGCUGCUUGGGAUGCCCCUAAUUUCUGCUUUGUAAGGGGCACGAUAAAGAAGCUAAAAACAGAAUCUUUGGUCUAAUCAGAUCAUCCUCGGGUGUAGAUUAGAUGCCAGGUACAGAGGUUUGUUUACUCAAGACUGACACAGAACUGCUUUCUUGGAUGCCUACAGUAGUGACCUAAGACUUAGGGGAGAAAACAUCUCCUUUACAGCCUGUUCCUGUGUACAGGGGAGAAAACAUCUCCUUUACAGCCUAUUCCUGUGUACAGGGGUAGCAGUCCUGAGGCCACCAAACGUGAGGGUGCUGACAUCAGCUGGCAGGUGCACGCUCAAGCCCGUGCUCUGGCGGCUGGUCUGGUGUAUCGUCCUUGUAGGAAGAACGGGGGAGUUCUCCGCUGUGUUUCUGUCCUUAUCUAGAGCAGUCAGGACCAGUCUGAACUUGUCCCUGGGACCCUUUGUUGGGGUCUGAACUACUGCAUGGGCAUCUUGUUCUUUCUAGAGUGUUCUUUUGUGUUCACAUUGAUGACAGUAUAUAGAUAAAAAAGGGGUGGAUCUUUUUUCCACCUUAAAAAAAUCAAAUUGUAAACAAAACAGUAAAAUUAUUUUCAAUAUCUUUAAAUAGUAUUUCUUCUUGACAUUGCUUAGACUGAUUUUCUAAGAAUCAUGUGAACAAAAAUUCAGUCUAAGGGCGCCCUACCAGUGUGAUGUCCAACAAGGUUCCUGGUGUUAGCAGGGGCUGCUGGAGCAAUUUGCUCUGCUGGGCUUUUCCCGGCAUUGCUUCUUCAUAGGAGAGCUGGCUGUAAACAUAUUUUAGGUGCUGGGCUUUUGAGACUCUUGCUUUCCUCCUAAAAUAGCACAUCUUUUCCCCUACUCCUGCCCUUCCUUCUUCCCCUUCUCUCCCUCCCACACUUUCUUUUCCCCCUCCCUUCCUCUCCUCCUUUGGCCUCUGCUCUCUAGCCAUGUUGGUCUCUCUGUACCCCCUCCUUCUCUGCUUUCACCAUCAAUACACCUGCUACUGCUCUGGUCCAGUCUCAGGCUAAAUUAGCAGUUGUUUGGAAGGCAUCCCCCCUCUUAUUUACUGCAAGGGAGAAGUGGAAAGCAAUCAUGCCUCCUACCUGAUUUAGCUAUGGUGAAGCCAUUUAUGGCUUUCCUCUCUCCUCUCCUUCCCUUUCCUCAGCAAGUAUUAAACACUGAAAUUCCUCUUUGUCCAAACACUCACUUGCCAAUAACCCACUUGGGGGCUCUUGACUAAAAUGCUCAAAAGACUAAGUGUGGCUGGAGGCAGGGCGCCUUCAUCCUAGUCAGCUGCUUAGGGAGCCCACCCAUGCUUUUCCCUCUUAAUGAUUCUCUCCCUCUCUGUUUGUUUGGUUGGUUUUUGGGACAGGGUGUCAGUAUGUAGCUCUGGCUGGCCUGGAAGUUCCUUUGUUAAUCAGGUUGGCCUCAACCUUACAGAGAUCUGCUUGCCUCUGCCUGUGUAGAGUGUUGGGAUAAAAGGCGUGUACCACCAUGCCUGGCGUGAUUUCCUUUUGUUUGGAAAGGAAAACCUUUCUUCUGUUAUUUAUGUUUUUGGCCUUGAUAUUUGGGAGUUAGGUUCUUAACUCAGCUGACAUUUCAGAACACUGAUAGGUUAAGCCAAGGGAAGGAAGACAAGUGGAGCUCUUCUGUUAAGGGAACCAUUUUCAUGUUUGCAGACCACUCCCUUUCUGGGGCCCCACAGGAGUGGAUACGCUGUUGCAUUGGGAUCUGAUUCACUGGCAUAGUCCUUGGCUUGCUGGUUCCUCUUAUGGGGAGAUUCUUUGCUUAGAGCAUGUGGAGGAGCCUCCCAGCCUGGAUACAGCUCACUUAAGGUGCGAGGGAGUGUGUGGUGUCACCGCAGGAGCCACUCUCUGCCCUCAUGUAUCUAUGUCCUCGUGGCCAUUGGUAAAUACCAAGUUCGUGCCCUGCCAAGAUUGCUUCAUGGUGGGUCUGAGUUGUUGCCCUUGUUACUACUAUGCUAGGCUAAGGACUGUGGGUUGAUUCCUCCCAGCUGCUGGGGCUUCUUGAUGCCACCCCUGCCUUGUCCCACGUCACACGCCUUUCCUGGGGAUGUAUAAUCCCUGACUGUUCCCAAUGAAGGUCCAAGGGCCUGGCUUCUCCAGCACUACUUUGGGACAGCUCCAGAGCCCCCACUGGGGGCUACCAAUACCUUUCUGUACUUGCCUUGCAUUUCAGCACCCACCCUACCAGCACCUACCCCUUCCCCUCCCAGGUGUCCAUCUUCCUGCAUGUAGCAUUUGUUUCCAGGGUCUCUUUGAACACGCUCCUGUGUUUUUCUGUUAGCACAGGUUUGAGCUUCAAUGUCGUCCCGUUUCCUGUGUAGUGGAAUGAUUGUGCCUGUGUGGUAUCAUGGCAUGGUAAAUGCAAAGUUGGUUUACUAUUUAUUUGGAAUGUGACUUUGCUAUUUGUUCUACAUGCUGAUUAUAUGUUGUGAUAAUGAACUUAGAGCCAAAUAAAAGCUUGAAUUGUA